UCUCCUCUCAACUUCAUUCAUCUGAAGGAUCAAGAAGGCCGAGCGACGAGAAGGGGCAGAACCCACGACAAAUUUUGGUUAAAAUUGGAGUAUCUAAAGAGGAUGCAACUUCUUUCGGUCUCCAACCGUAUUUUCUUCUGCAGUAAACCAGAUUUUAACAUUCGAGUUUCUCGUUCCCAAGUGACAUCGUCCAUAAACGUCCCCGAUUUUGAAGAAAGGGGAUUGAAGAUGAGUACAAGUGCUAAUGUUCUAGUUAAGAAUAGAAGAGAAAAGGACAUAAUCAGGGAGGGAUUGUUGAAGGUGGACCUUUCAGCUUCAUCUUAUGAUACCGCAUGGGUGGCCAUGGUCCCUUCUCUGAGAUUCCCAAAGUCUCCAUGCUUCCCUGAGUGUAUUGAUUGGAUAUUGAACAAUCAACAUCAUGAUGGGUCUUGGGGGCUUCCUCAUAGAGAUCCCUCUUUGAUUAAGGAUGUUCUUUCUUCUACACUGGCAUGCAUACUAGCACUUCAUCGAUGGAAUGUUGGCGAAGAACAUGUGAAUAGGGGACUGCAGUAUAUUGGAUCUAAUUCCUCAUCUAUUUUGGAUAAGAGGUUGCAGUCUCCUGUUGGAUUCAUUAUCAUAUUUCCCUGUAUGAUUGAUUAUGCCAUAAAUAUGGGUUUGGACAUACCCAUAAGCCAAUCGGACACAGAUAUUAUGCUUAAUAUGAGAGAAAUGGAACUGAAAAGAUUUGCUGCAGACUCCUCAGAGGGGGGAAACGCUUAUCAUGCAUAUGUUGCAGAGGGAUUGAGAGAAUUACAGGAUUGGCAAGAAAUUAUGAAAUAUCAGAAGAAAAAUGGUUCACUAUUUAAUUCUCCUUCUACAACUGCUGCUGCAAUAAUUCAUACUCAAAAUGAGAACGCCUUCAAUUACUUGCAUUGGCUCCUAAAGAGAUUCGGCAAUUCAGUUCCUACAGUAUAUCCUCUAGAUAUAUAUACACGCCUUUGCAUUGUUGAUGAUCUUGAGAAGCUUGGUAUUUCUAGGCAUUUUAGUUACGAAAUAAAGAGUACAUUGGACAAUAUAUACAGAUGCUGGACACAUGAUGAUGAAGAGAUAAGUUCGGAUGCUGCCACAUGUGCAAUGGCAUUUCGAAUUUUACGUAUGAAUGGAUAUGACAUUUCUUCAGAUGCAUUAGCUGAAUUUGACGAAGUUGAUCAUUUCAAAAGCUCAGUGCAAGGGCACUUGAGUGAUAUGAGGGCUGUUUUAGAGUUGUACAAGGCUUCACAAAUCAAGUUUUUACCAAAUGAACAAAUUCUAGACAAAAUAGAGUCAUGGUCAGGUUGUUAUCUAAAGGAGGAAGUUUCGGCUGAUGUAGUUCAACAACUUGAUGCAAUUUCAGAAGAGGUUGCUCAUGCUCUUAAGUUUCCUUUCUAUGCUAAUUUGGAUCGUCUAGAACACAAGAAACAUAUUGAACUCUCUGAUGGGGGAAAUCUCAGGAUUCUCAAAACAUCAUAUGUCAAUCACAGUAUCAAUAAAAAAGAUGUCCUAAAGAUGGCAGUGGAAGACUUCAAUUUGUCGCAGUCUAUGUACCGCAAAGAACUGGAAUGUCUUGAGAAGUGGGUCAAAGACAAUAAGUUGGAUCGGCUUGAAUUUGCUAGGCAGAAACUAGCAUACUGCUAUCUUUCUACUGCUGCUACACUUUUUCCCCCUGAAAUGGCAGAUGCUCGCAUGUCUUGGGCAAAAAAUAGUGUGCUGACUACUGUGGUUGAUGAUUUCUUUGAUGUUGGAGGUUCAAGAGAAGAACUUUUAAACAUUAUUAUGCUGGUUGAGAGAUGGGAUGGAAUUCAUGAGAAGGAGUUCUGUUCAAAACAAGUGGAGAUCGUAUUCUCUGCUCUUUACAGUACUAUUAAUGAGCUUGGAGCCAAGGCAUCAGCGCUCCAGAAGAGGAGUGUCACACCUCAUAUAAUUGAGAUUUGGCUUAACUUGAUGAAGUCGAUGAUAAAAGAGGCCGAGUGGCUGAUGAACAAGUCAGUUCCUUCACUGGAUGAUUACAUGGAAAAUGGAUAUGUUUCAUUUGCUCUAGGACCAAUUAUUUUGCCAGCACUCUAUUUUGUUGGUCCAAAGCUUUCAGAGGAUGUUAUUAGGGAUCCAGAGUACCAUAACUUGUACAAACUUGUGAGCACGUGUGGGCGUCUUCUCAAUGAUGUUCAAGGAUUUGAAAGAGAACUUAAGGAAGGGAAAUUGAACAGCUUAGCAUUGCAUAUUCUCCAUGGUUCUAUUACCGAAGACGAAGCCAAGAAAGAAGCAGAGAGAAUUAUAAGCUCAACUAGGAGAGAGCUGCUGAGGCUUGUGUCGCAAACAGAGGGAAGUGUAGUUCCAAAAGAUUGCAAGGAGUUAUUUUGGAAGAUGAGCAAAGUUCUACAUCUAUUUUAUCUAAGGAAUGAUGGAUUCACUUCACCAAAGGAAAUGGUUGCUGCUGUUAAUUCUGUGAUUUAUGAUCCUCUUGAAGUUGGUCAUUUACAAUUGUAAGAAAAUGCUUGAAGGAAGAAAUACCUCCCUCUCUCUCUCUCUCUCUCUGAAUAUGUAUUAAAAGGUAUGACAAGUUUGCUCUAGAGUUCAGAGAAUAGUUCUAUACUGCAGUAGACAGGGUUAGCAGGCAGAAUAAAUGGAUAUAUAAUUACAAAUAUUUUUGGUA